UUCACUCGUUUUACAUGUCUUAAUUGGUAUUACACUCGCGCCACCUUUCCAGAUGAAACUGGCCUUCCACAGACCGAGCUGAAGCUCCACUGAUUCGCAUUAAGGCACCAUGAAUCCCUGUCUAACACCCGGCUCAGAGCCAGCUUCAUGAGUUAAGUGAAAGGUGCGCGAGUUAUGCACUUUUAAUCCAAUUAGCUACAUUGUAAACAAUCACCACUUGACGCCGGAAGACAACUGUACUAACUUGGCAGGACCCCGCGGUGGAGGCUGGUAACUCUCGCCGCCCCGGUGGUCUGAUAUUCGGGGAGAGUGAGUAGUGUGCCGGCGGGGCUUAGACUGUAAAUUCUAUUUUGAAAAGUGACCUCCCCCUCUCUUUGUGGACACACACACACACACACACACACACACACCUGCUCGGAACCAUGUCAGAAGAUGACGGAUACAGUUGUCGCGGAGGGACAAGUCAAGUUCAGAGACGGAAAAAAGUGGAAGACUCGGUGCGUCCUUCUUCGGAAGCCCUCUCCGGUAGCAGACUGUCUGUCUCUGCUGGUAUAUAAGGAGAAGAAGAAAGGGAAGGAGAAGGGCCGUAGCCAGAAGGAGAGGCUCAAUGUAACUCUGGAGGGGAUCUGUGGCGUGGAGCCAGGGCCCGGAUAUGACGGGGUAUCCUACACCUUCUCCAUCCUCUGUCUGACACACACGCUGGUCCUGGGCUUCAACAGCCGAGACGCCCUGCUGGCCUGGGAUGCCCGCGUCCGCUACAGCCUGGGAGAGGUCCACAGGUUCAGCGUAAAUGUUGAGCCAGGUACCAAACUGGAAUGUGGCCCCGCCUCCCUCCACCUCUGCAACAACUUAUUGGUACUUACCAGAGGCGUCCCUCCUGUCGUCAUUGGCCACUGGAAGUUGUCGGCGUUGCGUCGAUAUGGUGCGGUGCCAAAUGGCUUUGUGUUCGAGGGGGGGACUCGCUGCGGCUACUGGGCUGGUGUUUUCUUCUUGUCUUGUUCAGAAGGAGAGCGGAUCAGUUUGCUGUUUGACUGCAUCGUCAGAGGCAUCACCCCCAGCAGGACCCCUCAUGGCCUGCGCCCUGUCCUGCCAGCAGACCCCAAUGCUCACCCAGAGUCAGCAGAGAAACGAAUCAGCCAGGAGGCAUCAGAGCUGGAGAAAAGACUCAGUAUGUUGUCUCAUUGCAGCCUCGCAAGCAGCACAGCUUCCACUUACAGCUGCAGCACAUCUGUUGCGGGGGAUGACCAAAGCAGCAUCUCCAGCUCCUCCUCCAGUCAGUCUGAUGCGAGCUAUGGAAGCAGACUUCCAUUUGGGGUGGAACCGUUCUCUAGAACGCACCUCUCCAAAGAGACGUUGUCAAGCUCCUCCACCCUGAAUGCUUUGACCAGUUCAGAUGACCGGCUUUAUGCUGCUGUGAUGCGUCCAUCUUCUGCCCGGCUCCAUCCUCGGUGUCUCCAUGACAGCGGGCGGCAGAGCUCAUUAGACAGUGGGAUCGGGAUAGUGACAGGCAGUCAGUCGUCAUACUCAGGAAGUGUCUCCUCAUAUACAGGAAGUCUGGAAAUGGCCAGCCAGGGAGGGGAGGGAGAGUUUGGCUCCGUGGCCAGCCUCCCUGCCCUACCUCAUCCUCCUUCCACACCUCCUGCCAUUCAUCCCCCUACUCCUCCUCUUCCUCCUUCUCAGUCCACACUUAACCCAGAGCACAGUUCUGCUACCUCCCCCUGCCCUUGUGCCUCCAGAUCUAGCUCUCGUGCAUCCCCAAUGCACAGUGAGGAGUAUCAAUUUCCCAGCCUGCUCCAAGUGCGGUACGACACCCCCAGGAGUCUGCUCCAGACCCUGUCCCUGAGGGAAGCCUCUGUCCAAGAAAGCCCACCUGAACUGGCCAGGGACAGCAGGGAUGGAGUGGGUAGUCAAGGACAAAGGUUGAGCAGCAGCCCCAAAGCACUCAGGGCUCAGCGUCAGGUUUUGAUGCAGCGCUCCCGCUCCUGGGGCAAUGAGAGGGCGCCCUCUGUGGACAGUGAGGGGAGGUCCACACCUAGACCCCUGCUGGUGCCUGGAGGCUCGGUUUGUGGAGAAAUACAGGGCAGUCAAGCUGUAGACAACUACAUUACACCAGAGCAGUGGCGCUCAGCAAGGAACAGAUGCUCAACUCAGGUUGCCAACUCACCAUCUGGCCUGUCACCUUCUGCAGAUACACUAGAUUGUCCCCUCCGUGUAAGAGAGGAGCAGUAUGGUGAUAAGUUGGCAGGUCUGAAGAGGAUGGUGCCCUUACUGCCUCCCUCUGCCCCCCCACCUCUGCCACUGAGCAUGCAUAGGCCAACAUUAGUCUGUGGUGUGCUCCAGUUUGCUCAUGAAGCUCCUCCGUCAGUAUCCCUGGACACUGGGCUCCAUUGUGACCGCACUGUUAAUUAUGUUAACAUACCCAUCAGCCCCCUGGCAGCUAGAACCAACAGAGAGCUCCUCUACACAGAGCCCGGCUCAGCUCCAGUCGCCAGUCCGUACAGUGCUGGCCGAGGUAACACUUUGCAGCUCUGUAGACCCAGUAAGAACACAAAGCCUCAAGUGGCCAUUUUAGGUCUCUGACUUUUU